CACGUGCAGUAAAUAGGAUGAUUAAUUAACUUUAUGAAGAAAGUGAAGCGAAGAGAAUCGAAAGACAUUAUGUCAGGCGGUUAUGGUAUUAAGUGCGAGGCUGAGACAUUGCCGCUACUCUGCACAAGCUCAAGUCAAGAGUUACCAGUGAAUGAUAUGGACCUAGUUGGCUUUCUGGACAUGGACGACAAGAGUCUGUCAGAAUUGACUGGUGGUAUAAACGCGUCAGAGUGGAGCUCAUUAUUCAAUGGACAGUUGGAUGGGCUGGAUUCAUUGGACCCUAUGACGGGUAUUCAGAGCUCAGGCCCAAACAGUGGACCCAUGCACAGUAAUGAAUCAAUGGCCAAUAUGAAUGCAGGGCUCAAUAACACUGCUGGAAUGGACGUAUGGUUACUGCAUGAGACACAGCGUUUGGAACGUCAACAGAAACUUCAACAACAGAAGUUGCUUGAGCUUCAACAGACACUACUCAAGACAGAGAUCCUCAAGAACCAGUUACAAAUAGCCACCAUCUCCCAGCAAGGUCAGACAUCUGUCACCUCCCCUCUGAUGACUGAGGGGGGGCAGUCUGGGGGGUACAACUUCUCACCCCCUCCACCCCAACAACAACAGCAGCAACGACCCAACACAGUCAGCAGAGUAAAUGACUCAUCCUCUGGUCUGUCUUCCCCGGCCAUGAUUGCUGUUAGUCCUGCUAGCAGUGUUGUGAUGCCCAACCCAGUACCUCCUCUCUUUGACAGCAAGCCUUCCUUGGUGACCAGCCAGGGACCGCCUUCUCCACUGGAGGAUGGGCCUGUGUUUGAGGGGGACAAGAGGAAAGUACACAACCUCAUUGAGAAGAAAUAUCGCUGCAGCAUCAACGACAGAAUUGGUGUCCUCAGAAACAAGGUGGCCAGAAACUGCAAGGACAGCAAAAGACUCCAGAAAAGUGCUGUACUUCAGAAAACGAUUGACUUCAUUGAACAUCUUGAGAAGACUAUAACUCGACUGGAGGCAGAGAAUAAGCAGCUCAAAGAAGCUCUGACUAAAGCCACACACAAGCCUAGGAUGCCCAGCUUCAGUAGUCCCCCUGCCACACCGCACACUAGUCUCAUCUCUCCAAAGAGCCAUGAGUCUGAGGAUUCUGGACACUCCUCUGCUGAUGAUUAUCUCUCAGAUGAAAUGAUGAGUCAUGAGCCGAGCCCUAACUCUCGUGCUGGCAAUCUCUCUCUGUUGUUACAACGUGGUGCUCCGCAGUAUCUCAUGGUUGUAUUGCUAUUAGCAGUCUUUACUCUCAACCCUUCCUCUCUCAUGAUGAAUGGACCCAGGCAAGCUCAUCAUAGUCGGUCACUGAGCUCCCUUGAUACAGCCAUGGAGAGUGACUGGGCCUUACUCUGGGGCCUGUGGUUACUCAGAGCUGCUCUAGUGCUAUUAGCCUUUGGUUGGUUGACUCUCAAGGCAACACCAUCACAUGUCAGUGGCUCUAAACAAGCGGUGGCUUAUUGGAGACUCAGGAAACAAGCUGAGAGAGAUAUGCAGAAUGGAGAGUUUACUAGUGCUCAAGAGUGUCUGGAGAAAUGCUGCGAUGUGAUUGGACGUCGCCUUCCCUCAACGUACCUUGGAUUGACCUUUGGACUCUUGUGGAGUUUGUUUUCUCACCUUUUAUUCCAGAUGAUGCUAGGUCAAUGGGCAGUGUCAUUGGCACGCUUGUUUUUGUGUGGAUCUGGAGACAGGAAGCAAGGAGUAUCAUCGCUCAGUCUGUCCCAUACCUACCAUCUCAUGCAACAGAUCAACACCGCCUCUACCAGUGGGCGUGGCUUGCGUGGACUAGACCUGUACCUUGCACUCAAUGCCCUCAACUUUGCUGAGUCAGCAGGAUCUCCUCAACCAGAGCAUUACUUCAGUCUGGCUCUGCACAUGUACAGUGUACCACUACUCAAGAGGUACUAUUUGCAUGCCUUCCGAAGUUUAAGCCCUGGAGGGUUGUCUCCGCUGAAGUGGGUGUGGUCUCCUGAAGGCUGUGCCUACCUUGAUAGUGGGGAUUGGAGGUCAGAGGUCAAACUGGGAACUCGACUGUUUAGAGGAGAAGCAGCUCUUCCCCUAUAUUCUGUGUCUCGGGGGUUCUGUAAGACACUGCUGUGUGAUACUCUGAAUGGUCUGCUAGUCAAGGAACCAUCAACUGCUGUGUUAGAGUCAGCUAAUACUGCAUUCAAGUGGACAUUAGCAGUCUCUAAAGAACUCAAUAGUCAUCUCUUAUCCAAACAAGAAGGGGAACUAACAGCAUUGACUCAAGCAUAUGAUUCAGGCUUUGCUGCUCUUCAGUGGUGGUCGUGUGUGGGCCUAGUGGCGUGUGGUUGGUUAUCCGGGGGAGACCCUCGGGCCUAUUACCCGAUAGUGGAGGGUGUACCUGGUGAUGAGACUGCUGUACCCUCUACUCUACAACUAGCCUUCAAGACUGCUGUAACACACAAGAGAGGGGGUUCAGUGGAUGUACUCGUGCAACUAAUGGCCAUGACCUCUAACUCAUUAUCUGCCUCUGUCUCUGAGCUACUGCAUGACAACUUCUCCUCUACUGAGAACCAGUUAUACAGACUCGGUCUAUUGCUGGCCACUGAUUGGCUACUUGGUGUUCGUCUGUUGUUGUGGGAAACAAGGGGGUCACAGGGAGUACGCAAUGGCUACUAUCAAGAUCUGGAGACACUUACUAAACUUGUCAAACUAUUACCAGCGGGAGUCUCACAGCUGCGUAUGUACAAGGGUUGCUAUCAACUGUUGGCUGGUGCUAAUCCAGUCACUGUACAAGCUCUGCUUGGUGAUGUGGGAUACUCGCAGCUGAGACGCAGAGCACUGGCCACCAAGGAGCCGCCCUCUAAUAAAAUGGUGACAUCUGUUGGACCCUCCUUGGUACCUACCAGUGUCUGAACUAACUGAACUCUUUGUAAAUAGUCUUGAACAUGUAUUCAUUUUUAUUGAUAGUAAUUACUGUAAAACUUGUCUGAUAACAUGGCAACCACUAAUAGCAUAUCUUUUGAACCAUUGAAAA